AUGUUCAACGUGGGUUGUGCACACAGCAGGUGCUCAAUUAAUGGGCCCUGUCGUUUUCGGUGGCAGCAAGAUGGGUCAGCAGCUCUGACCUGGGUGGAGUCGCCUUUCUUUAGGCCCCACCUGGUCAUUCCGGCCACCAGGGGGCGCCCAUGGCCCCGCCCCUCACCUGUGCGGGCGGUGCACCUGGCGCCGCCCCCGGAAGAGGGGAUCCGGGGCCGCGGGGACCUCGGAGGCAGUCCGGCGCCGUCGGUGAGAGCCGAGGGGGCGCGAGGACAGGGUCGCUUUCGAGCUGCGGGCGGACUGGGCCGGGCCGAGAGGGCGCGGGCCGAAGGGGCGGGCGGGGGCGGCCGGGCCGGACUCUGGGGGCCGGGAAACCCGGGAGCGGGCAGGAAGGAAGGCGGGAAGGCUGUGACUGGGCUUCCGAUGCGGAGAGUUGGGGGUCGAGAGGCUGGUGGCCCCGACGCCCGGGUGGAGGUGCUAAGAGCUGCUAGCUCAGUGCGGGGAGGGGCGAGGAGGCGGGAUGCCCCCGAGUUCCAGAGCGGGCUGGACCCGCAGGGGCCACGUCGGGAAGACCCCCGGUCCGCCCGGGGGCAGUUGAGCUGGGAAGACCUCGGAUGCCUGGGUCCUGCGGAGAGGCCUGGGGUCUGA